AUAAACCCCUUACACCGGCUCUGUUUACAGAGUGUACUCGUGCUCUUUGCAUUUUCACGCAACACCGGAAAAUUAAUGAAAGAAUGGCGAGGAAUUUGCGAAAAUACGUUCUUUGGUUUGCCCAGGAGCACGUUGACUUCCGUUUCCCGGAAAUUCAGUCAAUUCUCAAACUAUUCAAUAUCUCCCAGGAUUGGAAGAAGCCAGACAAUCCGGAACUUCCUUUCUGGAUCAUUGAUCUUCCUGAUGAUGACUGUGCGAGAAAGAUUGCCUCCCGUUCAGUGUCCCUACGAUGCAUUAUGGAAUUGUGGGCACAUUCAAAGAGCAUCCCAGGUCUACACAGUGCAGUUCGAAAGGUUGUCCAGGAUAAUCCUCAGUGGCAGGAGACGAUAUUCAGCAGAAAUUCCUCAUUCCGGUUGAAUGUGGAGACGUACAACAAGCACAUCAGUCAAGCUGAAAAAGUGGCCAAGAUUGAGACAUUUAACUACAUUCCCGUGACUGGAGAAGUUAAUCUCAAGAAUCCCGACGUUCAGUUUGUUUACAUUGAAUUUUAUGGGCUGAUUCCCACGGAAGUCCCUCCGGAACCGCAUGAUGUUCUCUUUGGACGAUGGAUUGCCGACGGGAGGAGAGCCGUACUCAAGGAAAUAUCCCUGAAACGACGGAAGUUCAUCGGGAAUACCUCAAUGGACCCCCAACUGUCGCUUCUGAUGGCCAAUCAGGCGCUAAUCAAAGACGGAGAUCUUGUUCUGGAUCCCUUUGUGGGUACUGGAAGCCUUCUUGUUAGUGCUGCAAAAUUCGGUGGCUUUGUCCUCGGCACUGACAUUGACUUCCUCAUGCUCCACGGACGAACAAGACCAUCGAGGAUAAAGCAAAAAGUACGCGAGAAGGAUGAAUCAAUCAAGGCAAAUCUCACCCAGUAUGGUUGUCAGGAUAAAUACCUCGAUGUCUGUGUAUCGGAUUUCUCCCUGCCAAUUUGGAGGGAUAACCUUGUCCUGGAUGCCAUCAUCACAGAUCCACCCUAUGGCAUUCGAGAGGCAACAGCCAAAGUCGCCUCAAAGGAUCCAUCAACACAGAAACCCCCAUCACCACCACCAGGAAGCUUCCACUGCCCAUCACGUUCCCACUACGAUCUUCAUGACAUUUUCCGGGAUCUCCUGACUUUCUCCGCAAAGCAUUUGCGACUAGGUGGACGCCUCGUGUGCUGGCUUCCUGUCUUCCGUGAGGAUUACUGCCCCACAAAGCUUCCCAGUCAUCCCUGCCUCCGCCUCGUGGCUAAUUCCGAACAAAUUCUCAACACUUUCAGCUCCAGGAGGCUCCUGACGUACGAAAAGUACGCCGAAGUGGAGCCUGAUGGGAGCGCAGAGGCUACAGGGACACAGGUGAACUUCAGGAGAUGGUACUUCUGCCACAGCGAUGAGACGCGAGAGCAGAAGCGUCUUCAAAAGGCGCAACUGAGGAAAGAGCAACGGGAAGAAGCUGAGAAGAGGAUGAAGGACAAAGAAUUAAGCUAAUGGUGUUGAAUUGAUAGCAAUAAAAAACAUUAAAUUGUAUAGAAAAUUAAA